AUGUACGUUGACGACUAUUUGGGAUCAGCCGGAUCCGUCGCCGAAGCAGUACGAGAGGCUACCACCUUAAAGAAGGCCUUAGCAGCAGCCGAUCUACAUUUUCAAGCUUGGCUUUCUAACUCAACCGAGUUCAUUCGAGCGAUGCAAGGCGAGCAGAGGACUCCAGAAGGAGCACCAGAUCUUCUCCUAAAAGAUGGCGGAAGUGAGAAGAUACUCGGUGUCAUCUGGAACAUUCGUAAUGACACUUUGGGAUUCCGAGUUAGCGACCUGGAGGACGAAGAAUUUACUCGUGUUAGCCUUACCAGCAAGGUUGCAUCCGUCUUCGAUCCCCUAGGGAUUGCUGCACCACUCAUCGUAAAGGCUAAGAUCCGGCUGCGAGAACUUGGAGUUAGAGGCCUAAAGUGGUCUGAUCCUGUGGAUGAAAAAGAUCGUGCAUGGUGGGAGUCUUGGUUUGGGACGAUGCGGGAGCUCGCUAAUGUUUCUAUUGCCCGUUGGCUAUUUCCUGAGCAAUCAGAAAUAACAAGUUCCCAGUUGCAUGUGUUCGGUGAUGCGUCUGAAGAGGCGUAUGCUGCGGUGGUGUAUCUACGCCAUACGUAUCGUUCCGGACGGGUCCAAAUCCGGAUCGUAAAGGCUAGCAGUAAAUUAGCACCUAAGAAGACUUUGUCGGUGCCAAAACUAGAGCUGAAUGCGGCUCUGCUCAGUUCCCGUGUGGCUGCGGCUAUCCAGAGCUGCCUGAAUUAUCCUAUUCAGCAGUGGUUCUUCUGGACAGACAGCAGCACGGUGCGCAAUUGGAUCAGGGCCACGCCAUCCUUCUACCAGGUUUUUGUCUCAAACAGGAUCGGCGAAAUUCAAACCUUGACUGAAACGGAAGAAUGGCGCUUCGUUCCAGGACGACUCAAUCCCGCUGAUGCUGCGACACGGUCUAGAAUCGACGAAGAAACGUUUCCAAAAAUCUGGCAAGACGGGCCAGAAUUUCUCCUUAAAUGUGAUUCAGAAUGGCCUCAAGAUUUGCCGUGGAUGGCUGUCACCGUAGAGCUGAAACAUACCAAGCAGUAUCAUAUCCGGGACGCUGCCGAUCCGUUCGACUGGUCAGAAUUUAAAUUAGAUCAAUCUAAUAUCUCCUCUUUCUUAAAAUUGGAAGGCGAGGGCCUGGAGUUUGUCAGACGUUGCCAGACGGAAGCUUUCUUUAAAGACAUACAGCAUCUUCAACGAGGGAAGGCUCUUCCGUCUUCUUCACAUCUGUUAGCCCUCAGCCCAACCAUUGGAGAAGACGGCUUGCUGCGUUUAGGUGGACGGAUCGGGCGUUCUAAGUUGCCGUACGACAACCAUCAUCCUCCUCUACUGCCAGGCAAACAUCCGCUUACCCAGAGGCUCGUCCAAGUUCUGCAUGAAGAAAUGCAUCACGCCGGAACUGACUACUUGUUUGCCAAACUUUGUCAACAUUUUUGGAUUAUCCGGGGGAGAGAAGUAGCAAAGAAAACCCGCCGACUCUGUCAAUUUUGUAUUCGGGAGAGAGCUGCUCCAGCUGGCCAGAUGAUGGGCGAUUUACCAACGGUCCGUCUCAAUUCGUACUCACCUUCUUUCUCGCAUGUAGCCAUUGAUUAUUUUGGACCCUUGGAAACCAGUCAAUGGAGAAACCGGGUCAACAAGAGAUACGGGUCGCUUUUUACAUGUCUCGUGACCCGAGCGGUUCAUCUUGAAUUGGCAGAAUCUCUUUCUUCUGAAGAUUUUCUUCUCGUAUUCCGGCGUUUUAUAGGCUUAUUCAACAAGCCAGUCUCCGUACACUCCGAUAAUGGUACAAACUUUGUCGGUGCAGAACGUGAUUUGAAUGAUCUUGUCUCAAAGUUAAAGGAAGAUGACAAACUACUCAAGUUCCGGACCGAAAAGAUUAUCGACUGGAAGUUCCAGCCACCUCGAGCGCCUCAUUUUGGUGGAGCGCACGAGAGUUUAGUUCGCUCUAGAAAACGGGCUUUAUACAGAGCCUUUGAUAUAGAAAAGGGAGCUCUGCGUUAUCCCACAGAUGAGAUGCUCCGCACUCUACUAGCCGAAAUCGCGGGUUUUCUGAAUGCGCGUCCCUUGACUUAUGCUAGCUCUGAUCCAGCGGAUUUUCGUCCGCUAACACCAAAUGAUUUCUUAAAUCGCCCGCCAACAACGGAUGUAUUACCAGGCUCCUUUGAUGAUGCGUUACCUAGAGAACGUUUUCGCUAA